GUUUGUUUGUGUGUGUGUCCGUCUAUGUGUAUGAGUGAGUGAGUGUGUGUGUGUGUGUGUGUGUGUGUGUGAGAGAGAGAGAGAGAGAGAGAGAGAGAGAGAUACAGAAAGUCUCUUCCCGAGCCAGUGAGCAGCGCGCGGUUCGAUAAUCAUGGCGAGCGCGAGACAGAAAGUGGUGCUGAUCACCGGCUGUUCUUCAGGUAUCGGACUGAGGAUCGCUGUACUGCUGGCUAAAGACGAGCUGAAGCGCUACCAUGUGAUUGCCACCAUGCGGGACCUGAAGAAGAAGGACAAGUUGGUGCAGGCUGCAGGUGAAACGUUUGAGAAGACUCUGACACUACAGGCUUUGGAUGUGUGCAGCGAUGACUCAGUCAGGCAGUGUAUCAACGGGAUCAAAGACCGCCACAUAGACAUUCUAAUAAACAAUGCAGGUGUUGGGCUGCAGGGCCCAGUGGAGAGCAUCAGCAUGGACCAGAUGAAGAAGGUGUUUGAAACCAACUUCUUUGGCACUGUGCGCAUGAUUAAAGAGAUCAUGCCUGACAUGAAAAAACGCAGAGCGGGACACAUCAUCGUCAUGAGCAGUGUCAUGGGCAUGCAAGGAGUGGUGUUUAACGACGUCUACACGGCCUCUAAGUUUGCCAUCGAGGGUUUCUGUGAAAGUCUGGCUGUGCAGCUACUCAAGUUUAAUGUGAAGUUAUCGCUGAUUGAGCCUGGACCUGUACACACUGAGUUUGAAGCGAAGAUGAUGGAGGAGGCGUCUAAUAUGGAGUUUCCCGGAACAGACCCGGACACAGUGAGAUACUUUAAGGAGGUGUACAUGCCGUCUUCUGUCGAUAUCUUUGAGGCUAUGGGGCAGACGCCUGAGGAUAUCGCUAAAUGCACUAAGAAGGUGAUAGAGGCCAGCAGCCCUCGCUUCAGGAACCUGACUAACAGCCUGUACACCCCCCUGGUAGCUAUGAAGUACGCAGACGAGACCGGCGGCCUGUCUGUACACACCUUCUACAACAUGCUGUUCAAUUUUGGCUCCCUCAUGCACAUCAUGCUGAACGUCCUAAAAUGCCUGACCUGCAGCUGCCUGCGCAGACGCACCGUCUCACCCGACUGAAGAGGGUGUCACUAAACAUACAGUAUUUCUCAACCCUAAAAGUCUGGAACAGACCUUAAUUCAUAACGGGCUGAUAUAAAUGACAUAUUGUAUAUCAGAAAAUACAUAUGUGUACGUUUAUAGCUUUGGAAUUUCAGGGCUUUAUAGAACAGUGAUUGAUUCUCUGCUCUAGAAACAUUUGGUUCAAGUUACCAACUAAUCAGCCAACUAGUUCCAUCCAAUCCAGCUAGCAUGAUCAGAGUGAAGAACUAUGUAGUGACAUUUACAGAGAAAAUGCCAUAGCAGACUGUGUUCUAGUGGAUCAUUAGUACAUUUUUAUGUUUUAUUUAUGAGAACUGGCACAUUUGUCUUUCUCUUUAUUUUGAGGAGAAAACACAUAAGAAUGAGAAAAUGUAAGAUGAACAGACUUAACAUGCAAAGGUAUCAUGUAAUAUAAGGAAUCCUUAAAGCCUAGUUAUAAAUUAUGUUGUACUUUGCUCAAUUUUGUGAUUUGUGAUUGUAGUAAUGUCUGUUGAGACCUCUAAGCAUUUUAAGAAUCACAAAAGUGCAUAUACUGACCAGACGUAACAUCUCUUUGUUUCUACACUCGCUGUCCAUUUUAUCAGCUCCACU